ACCCGUGCGGCUGGGCGGCGGGUCGGGGCUCGGCCGCCGCGGGCACGGUCACAGGCUCCGCCGGCGGUGCCCGCCCGCAGCCCGCGGCUCUGCACGCCUGCCCCUGCCCGCGCCGUGCCGGGAUGUUCUCCAGGAAGGGCCACGCCGAUGUCAGGAAAUCCACGCAGAAGGCGCUGGACCCGAAGCGGGAUGUACUCACCCGCCUCAAGCACCUCCGGGCGCUGCUGGAUAUUGUGGAUGGGAGUGACCUGAAGCAAUUCUUUGAGAACAAUUAUUCUCAAAUUUAUUUUGUAUUCUAUGAAAACUUCAUAACACUGGAAAAUAGCUUGAAACAAAAAGGGAAUAAAUCACAAAGGGAGGAGCUGGACUCCAUUCUCUUUCUUUUUGAAAAAAUAUUGCAGCUGCUACCUGAGAGGAUUUUUUAUCGAUGGCAUUUUCGCAGUAUAGGGUCGAUUCUGAAGAAACUUUUGCACACUGGGAAUUCUCUCAAGAUAAGAUGUGAAGGAAUCCGCCUGUUUCUUCUCUGGCUUCAAGCGCUUCAGACUAACUGUGGGGAAGAGCAGAUAUUAAUAUUUGCAUGCCUCGUGCCUGGCUUUCCCCCCCUUACCUCCUCCCGGGGUCCCUGUACACUGGAUAACCUCAUUAGUCCUCCGAAUUCACCAGACGCCAAGAUUUCUCCAGAAGAAAUAACCCCACUUGUGCCUGCGGUCUCUGGAGAGAAAAUUGCUGAAGACCAAACCUGCUAUUUUCUUCAGCUGCUGUUAAAAUACAUGGUGAUUCAGGCUGCAAGCUUAGAGUGGAAGAAUAAGGAGAACCAAGACACUGGGUUUAAGUUUCUCUUUACCUUGUUUAGAAAAUACUACCUUCCUCACUUGUUCCCAUCGUUCACAAAGCUAACCAACCUCUACAAACCUGUUCUGGAUAUUCCUGAUGUAAGACCAAGGCCAGUGUACAUCCCUGCAACACGGAACAAUGAGAGCAUCUAUAGCACCAAGAUCCCCUACAUGGCAGCUCGAGUUGUUUUCAUUAAGUGGCUUGUUACCUUCUUCCUCGAGAAGAAAUACUUACCUGCUGUUCAGAGUGUGAAAAACGGAGGGGAAAUGCUCCCUAAAAUCAUUCAGACUGUUGGUGGUGCAAGCCAAGAUAAACCCACAGAGCUGGACGCGGGCGCGUCCCACGCAGGCGAGCAGGAGCGGAGCCACUCCAACAGCAGCAGCCUGUCUGACAGAAGGCUCAGCAGCUCCAGCCUCUGCAGCGUGGACGAGCAGCACCGCCCUGUCUACGACAUGGUGCAGAGGAUCCUCUUGUCCACCCGCGGCUACGUGAACUUUGUGAACGAGGUGUUCCGGCAGGCUUUUCUGUUGCCACCUUGUGAUGUAUCUGCAACACGGAAAGUGGUUAAGGUGUAUCAGAAGUGGAUACUGCAGGAGAAGCCAGUGUUCAUGGAGGAGCCAGACAAGAAGGACGAUGGGCAGGAUGCUGUGGACAGCCUAGAAGAUUCCUCAGUGCAAACGGAUGGUAAACAUCUCUCCUCUGAGCACUCGGGGCACAAGCGCUCCUCCAGCUGGGGCAGGACGUACUCCUUCACCAGUGCUGUUAACAGGGGAUGUGUGCUGGAAGAGGAGGACAGAAACGUUAAAGCUGGUGCUCAAGCUGCAUUACAGGUGUUCCUGACAAACUCAGCGAAUGUUUUCUUGCUGGAACCCUGCCCUGAAGUGCCUGCGCUGCUGAAGGAGCAGGUGGAUGCUUGCAAAGCUGUUCUGAGCAUCUUUAGGCGCAUGAUAAUGGAGCUAUCUAUGAAUAAAAAGACAUGGGAGCAAAUGUUACAGAUACUCCUUAGAAUAACGGAAGCUGUGAUGCAGAAGCCAAAGGAAAACCAGAUCAAGGAUACAUUUGCUCAAAGCAUGUCAGGAUUGCUUUUCCGAACCCUCAUCGUGGCGUGGAUCAGAGCCAACCUGAGCGUGUACAUCUCCCGGGAGCUGUGGGAUGAGCUGCUCAGUGUUCUCUCCUCCCUGACCGACUGGGAGGAGCUCAUCGCUGAGUGGGCCAACAUCAUGGACUCUCUGACAGCCGUGCUGGCCAGAACCGUGUAUGGGGUGGAGAUGACAAACUUGCCCUUGGAUAAGCUCAGUGAACAGAAAGAAAAAAAACAGAGAGGGAAAGGUGGCAUUUUGGAGCCUCAGAAGACAGCUGUAGUGGGAAGAUCUUUCUCAUUAAGCUGGAAAAGCCAUCCUGAAGUUGUGGAGCCAAUGAGAUUCAGAAGUGCCACCACCUCUGGAGCCCCAGGGGUUGAGAAGGCAAGAAAUAUUGUUCGUCAGAGAGCAACAGCCAAGCGCAGCCAGUCUAUCAGCAACUGUGUGCACCUUUAUGAGGCUUUGCCAGCUACUAAAAGCGUCCCUCUCCUGCUUCACACUGUGAGCUCUCUCUUACCUGGUAUCUCUUACACUUCUUGCUCUCACAGACUGUCAGAAGUGGAAGAAUCUCAGCAGCUGGAAAAUCCAGCAGGAGCAGAAGCCUCGGGCCUGUUUUCAGAGCAAGAGCAGCAGCUGGCUCGGAGCAGCAGCACCUCGGACAUCGCAGAGCAGUUCCCUCCUGAUUUUCUCCAAGGUAAAAGGGCUGGAGCUUCUUAUAAUUCCACUUCUGCAGACUCCAAAUGUGUUCAGGAAAAUAAGGCAUGUGCAAAGAAGGAACAUGAAGCUGAGCAAGUACCAGUCCGAAGAAGCAGCAGCACAGCUGAGUUGGAUUUGAAGGCAGACUGGCAGCAAUCCCAUGGGAAUUGCAGAGAGAGAGAAAAAAGUGAGAGUGUCAGCAGUGACACGUCCAUUGGCUAUAACAACGAGGUGGAGAUUGCUCUCAUCCCCUGGCAAGCUUCUGAAGAUGACCCUGAGGUGAAUGCCUCAGCAGAUGUUUGUGUGGAUGCUGAUGCCCCUCGCUGGCUUCAGCUUAGCCCCUCAGACACCGCAAACCUGACAGACAGCAGUGAGUUCCUUGCUGAUGACUGCAGUAUAAUUGCUGGUGGAAGCCUCAUCGGGUGGCAUCCCGAUUCUGCUGCCGUGUUGUGGAGGAGGAUCUUGGGAAUUCUUGGAGAUGUGAACAAUAUAAAGUCACCUAAAAUUCAUGCAAAAGUGUUUGGGUAUCUUUAUGAGUUGUGGUACAAACUUGCAAAGAUUCGGGACAACCUCGCUAUAAGUGUGGACAACCAGUCUACUCCCUCUCCUCCUGUCCUCAUUCCUCCUCUCAGGAUAUUUGCAUCUUGGUUGUUCAAGGCAACCACCCUGCCAAGCGAGUACAAGGAAGGCAAGCUGCAGGCGUACAGGCUCAUCUGUGCCAUGAUGACGAGGCGACAAGAUGUUCUGCCAAAUUCUGAUUUCCUGGUUCACUUCUACUUUGUGAUGCACCUUGGCUUGACAAGUGAAGACCAGGAUAUCCUGAACACAGUCAUCAGGCACUGCCCACCGUGGUUUUUCUUUCUCAGCUUGCCUGGCUUUACCAUGCUCAUUGGGGACUUCAUCACGGCGGCAGCACGGGUGCUGAGUGCGGACACGCUGGAGGCUCCCCGCUCCGAAGCUCACACCAUCCUUGGUUCUCUUGUUUGCUUCCCAAAUAUCUACCAAGAAAUCCCUCUGCUGCGGCCCGUUGCCGAAGCCGGCGAGAUCAUCGCGGGAACUGCGGAUGUGAAGUGUUACCUCAUAAAUAUUUUAUUGAAGAAUGCUACAGAGGAGCCAAGUGAAGCUGCAAGGUGCAUAGCCAUCUGUGGCCUCGGAGUGUGGAUAUGUGAAGAGCUAACACAAUGCACAAACCACCCCCAAGUGAAGGAAGCAAUCAAUGUCAUAGGUGUGACACUGAAGUUCUCUAAUAAACUGGUAGCUCAGGUAGCCUGUGAUGUUCUUCAGCUGCUGGUUUCUUACUGGCAAAAGCUUCAGAAGUACGAAUCUUCCCUGUCCAGAAAAAUCACUGAGAUCCUCGUGGCCACUAUUGCAUUUCUCUUGCCGAGUGCUGAAUACUCCUCAGUGGAAGCAGAUAAAAAGUUCAUAGUUUCACUGCUACUCUGCCUGUUGGAUUGGUGUAUGGCACUGCCCCUGAAACUGCUGCUGGAGCCAGCGUCUGCUGGUGCUCUUGAAGAUCAACAUGCAUCCAAAGCUCCUUUACUGGACUACAUUUACAGAGUUCUGCACUGCUGUGUGAAUGGCUCCAGCACCUAUACCCAGCAGAGCCACUAUGUGCUCAGCCUGGCAGACCUCUCCUCCAGUGACUACGACCCGUUCCUGCCACUGGGGAACGUCAGGAGCUCAGAGCCAGCCCAGUGCCACUCCUCCACGGACCUGGGCAACCUGCUCACUGUCGCCGAGGAAAAAAGGAGGAGGAAUUUAGAGCUGAUCCCUCUGACAGCGCGGAUGGUCAUGACUCACCUGGUGAAUCACCUGAGCCACUACCCGCUCAGCGGAGGCCCUGCCAUCCUGCACAGCCUCCUCAGCGAGAACCACGACAACUCCUACGUGGAGUCCUCCGAGUUGUCCUCGGAAGUCUUCCGGAGCCCCAACCUGCAGCUCUUCGUGUUCAAUGACAGUACUCUUAUAUCCUACCUCCAAAUCCCCACGGAGAAGACAGACACUGAGCCACCAGCAGCCCCUUCGGAUGUCAGGGUAAUUGUCAGAGAUAUCUCAGGGAAGUACUCUUGGGAUGGCAGGAUACUGUAUGGGCCUCUGGAGGGCUGCCUCCCGCAGCAGAGCCCAGCGAGCGCGCUUGUCAUCUCCAGCAACCCCCAGCACCACUUCAUUUCCCAGAAAGACAUUUCUCAGGUGGAAGAGGGAGAAGAUGCUCUGGACCAGCUGCUGGAGAGGAUUGGUAACACCAGUCCCGAGUGCCUCCUGCAUCCCCAGCGGAAGCUGAACGAGCCGGCGCCGCCACCCUUCGGCAUGAGCUGCGAGCAGGAGCGCGCGCUCACGGAGGCCCUGACAAGGCAGAGCGCCCAGGAAGAACAGUACAUCUUCAAAUGUAGCUCGGACCUCAGCAUGAGGGUGGCCUGCCAAGAAGAACCACGUCCUGCUGAACCACAGGCUUCCUUCUAUUUCUGUCGGCUCUUGCUAAACGACUUGGGAAUGAACUCCUGGGAUAGAAGGAAGAGCUUUCAUCUUCUGAAGAAGAAUUCGAAGCUGCUGCGAGAACUGAAGAACCUGGAUUCCCGCCAGUGCCGGGAAACCCACAAGAUUGCAGUGUUCUACAUUGCAGAAGGGCAGGAGGACAAGUGCUCCAUCCUGUCCAACGCAAGGGGAAGCCAGGCCUAUGAAGAUUUUGUUGCUGGACUGGGCUGGGAGGUUGAUCUCUCCACGCACGGCGGGUUCAUGGGCGGCCUGCAGCGCAAUGGCAGCACAGGACAGACAGCACCCUACUAUGCUACCUCCACCGUGGAGAUCAUUUUCCAUGUGUCCACGAGGAUGCCUUCAGAUUCAGAUGAUUCACUCACCAAAAAGCUUCGUCACUUGGGAAAUGAUGAGGUUCACAUCGUCUGGUCUGAGCACACCAGGAACUACCGCAGAGGCAUUAUACCCACAGACUUUGGAGAUGUUCUAAUUGUUAUUUACCCCAUGAAGAAUCACAUGUUUUUCAUAGAGAUAAUGAAGAAACCAGAGGUACCAUUCUUUGGUCCUCUCUUCGAUGGAGCCAUCGUGACCGCGAAGCUGCUGCCGAGCCUCAUCUGUGCCACGUGCAUCAACGCCAGCAGAGCCGUCAAGUCGCUCAUCCCGCUCUACCAGAGCUUUUACGAGGAACGAGCUCUGUAUCUCGAAGCAAUAAUCCAGAACCAUAAAGAAGUAAUGACAUUUGAGGAUUUUGCAGCUCAGGUCUUUUCUCCCUCUCCCAGCUACUCCCUCGGUGGAACUGAUUAGAAUAAGUACCGGUCUCGUUACGGUAAUUGCCGCAGGUAAGAGCGACGCUUCCCCCCCUGCUGCCCGUGUGCUCCACCACUAACAGCCCUGCUCCUCCUGUGCUCAGUGCUCAGUGCAUGGCGGCUCUGGGGCUCUCGGGUCUGUCUCUGCCUGUCCCUGUCACCUCAGCCCCAUCUCCUCGUGUUCCCUGCACCCCGCGGUGCCCAGCGCCCGUCCUGGUGCCUGCUGCUCCCUUGGCUGCUGCCAGGCACGGCCAGUGCCGGGACCUCCUGCUGCGGGAAGUGUUUGGCCCAUUUGUGCAUGUUUGUGGCCAAGGCACCCGGGAUGGGAUUGGGGAUGGGGCAGCCGCUGGGAAUGGGCUACACGGCAGCACCUGCAGCGGUGCUCACCAGGAAACAGGGAAUGCUGCCGCUGGGCUCCCCCCUUCUUGCAAAUUCUUCAGCCAAGUUGUACAUGUCAAGCACUGACCCCCCAUGAGUCAGAAGCAAGUGCUUUGCCACACUGCUGCCUGGUUCCUACAAUGUGUAAUUACACACUGUGUGUGCCCCCUCUGAAACACACACAGCAAGAGAGGAAACCCUCCACCGUAUCGCUGCAGACAGGGAGCUGAGCCUCCUGGGAGCACCUUCCGCAGCGGCACCGGCGCGACGCCGGCUCUCGGCAGCCCCCUCGCCCCGCAUGGCUGAGCCUGGCUCCGCACGGAGCUGCAGCUCCCUUGCAAGACGCCAAGUAAUUAGAGCCCGUGCCAGACAGCUUGCAAGUGGAAUUAUAAUAUUUGUAUGGAGCUCCCUCCUUUGUGGCCGGGGCUCACUCCGCAGCUGCUGCCGCCCCAUCAAUCACGGCAGUUUGGGGAGCUCCAGGCUGGUGGCACAGUGCGGGGCUCGCCAGGAGAGCCGGCACUGGAGGAAUGUGCAGCUCAGUGCUGCAGGGUGAGGUGUGAGCCCUGAGCCCUGCUCCCUGCUCCCCAUUCCCUGCUUCCUGCUCCCUGCUCCCCAUUCCCCGCUCCCCACUCCCACUCCUGCAGCCACCUGCCCUCGGCCGCGGGCCCUGCUUUGUUCUGCACUUGCAUGAAUAUUGCUCGAGCUCGUCUGUUGGGUGAAAACUGUAUUAUUUUGACCAUCUGCCGCGCUGCCUCACCGCAGGAAUGUGGAGCGCAACACCUCCCUCGCAGCCCUUCCCUCCCCCUGCAGACAGCACCCCAGUUCUGGUUCAGCCCCAACCUGACAGCUCCGCAUUUGUCACAGAAAUGCCUUUACCACAAAGUCACGUGUUUCACCUUUUCUUUAAUGUGCUAUUUCCCCCUCAGUCCCUUGUCCAGCAGGACUGUGGUAAGUACAGAUUGUCUUUGACAUGCAAACACUGGUCUGUGAAUGGUCACGGCCUGUCAGAGGUACCUGGGUUGGCUGCAGCCCCAGCAGUGUCUGGUUCACCCGGUCCUGACAGUCUCCAGAGUCAGCCAAAGCACAAGGACAGAGCACUAACCCUGGCAGCAGGGCAGUGGAGCGCACCCCGUGCACAGCCGCCUCCGGGGGCUUUAUGCCGGGUUUGAGAACAUGGGGCCCGUGGAGCAGCCGCAGAGCAGGAGGGGCCGGGCUGCAGCUCCUGCUCCCCUGCUCACACCCAUUGUUCUUCACUCCUCGCUCUAAGAGCUGCGUCCCCUCUGCUCAUUACGACCAGUUCAGCCCCGGCCUCUGCUCUUCAGCGUCUGUGGGGAGCAGUUGCAAUGAAACCUGGUGGUGUUGAACUAUGAAGUGCAGUAGCCGUGGCUGCAGCCACCCCAGCCCACAAGCAACGGUCCUGCACAGGGGCCGCGGGUCACCAAUGUGAGGGGUCCUGUUCAAGUAGUGGAACCAAUCAGAAAAGAUUGGGAUUCCUUAGGGUUUUUAUCAGAGGCCAAGAUGCCUCCUGGCUAGAGCCCCGUAGAGCAUUCACACUAUGGAGGCGCAUUUCCCUGCAGUAGAUCAAUUACAGGAGAGUGUUUAGAGACAUGCAGCAAACAAUAGGUUUAUACAGCACAUGCUUGAAAGAAGCGUUUUUGGAGCUGCUGGGUGGGAGCUGUGAGCAGACAGGAUGGAUGCUCCUGCUUCCCAAGGCGGGAGUGCUGUGCCAGCUGCUGGAGCCACCAGUGCAGGGGCUGCACCAACCUGGGCAGCAGGACUGAGAGGGGACACUGCUGGGGGAUGGUCACAUGAGCCCUGCUUCUUCUGGAGGGUGAGAAAGGGAAGUUCCUCAUUUCUCCAGGAAAGCUGGAAAGUGUCUUCACCCGCCUGGGUCAAACUUAAUAGAAUCACAGGAUCCCAGAUUGGUUUGGGUUGAAGAGACCUUAAAGCUCAUCCAGUUCCAACCCCCUGCCAUGGGCAGGGACACCUUCCACUAGAGCAGGUUGCUCCAAGCCCCUGUGUCCAACUUGGCCUUGAACACUGCCAGGGAUGGGGCAGCCACAGCUUCUCUGGGAAAAGUCUGUGCCAGCGCCUCAGCACCCUCACAGGGAAGAGCUUCUGCCUCAGAGCUCAUCUCAGUCUCCCCUCUGGCAGGUUAAAGCCAUUCCCCUUGGCCUGUCCCUCCAGGCCCUUGUCCAAAGCCCCUCUCCAGGUUUCCUGGAGCCCCUUUAGGCACUGGAGCUGCUCUAAGGUCUCCCCUUCAGGAGCCUUCUCUUCUCCAGGCUGCCCCAGCCCAGCUUCUGUUUGCAACUGUCCAGCUCUCCCCACGGCUGGUUCGGAGGAGCGGGCAGGGGCUGCCUUUGCCACGCAGUUCUCUGCCUCCCCUCACGGAUGCUCUCUGCUGUCCUGUGUUCCAGGCUGCCUCAGAACCAGCGCAAGCGCCAACCUCGCGGUGUCCCUGGGGGUGGCGGAGCGGCGCUCGCCCUCACUGCCGCGCGCAGGACCCAGGUGCCCGGGCGGCUGCGGCACUCGUGCAGCGUGCUCGGCCGGGCCCCCGGCUGCAGCGCUGCGGGGCUCCAGGACCUCCACAUGGACACGUGAGCUGCUGCUCCACAGACGUGCGGGUUCGGAUGGAGGGGACGCGAGGGCUCUGCUCUCUAAACCUGCAGCUCUGGUGCUCGGCAGACGCAGCUGAUGACCAGACGUCGCCUCUGUUACCAUCAUGUUUUACUCCAUCGUUUCCAUCACAGAGCAGAGGAAGGUGACUGGGUGCUCCCACCACUGGAGCAGCAUCAGCCCAACAACAGCACAUCUCCUCCCCAGCACCAGUGCACAAGAGCUGGUGUCGCAGCCAGAGGACACAAACCAGCACCGACACCUGUUAUUUAAUGUAGCUUCAGAGCAUUGCUUUGGUCAUCCUGGCCAGCACCUCGUCCUGUGUCAGGGAAUUGUGUCCUCAGAGGGGUUUUCACAUGUGUGGCCACCCAACAACCACUCCUCUCCCCUGGACAGCAGGUGAAGGAUGGGGAUGCUGCCCAGCCCCUGCUCCACCUCUGCUUCCCCGCUGUCGUCUGCUCAUCCAGCACCCGUUCUGUGCCUAUAGCUAGGAAUUAGUUACCAUCAUCACAGAGAUCAUUUAGCGGAGAGCCAGGAGGGUGCCACCAGUCUCGCAUAGUGGCAGCACCUCCAUUAAAACCAGUUUAAUUGCGGUACCUUGUUCAGGGUCAGACAGGUCAGUACCUCGUGUGUGCAGCCGCCCCAGCCCAUCAAGCCCAGUGCUGCGCAGUGGAGCAGCAGCUGUCCUUGGUGCCCAUCGCCCAUGGGAGGUGUCUGGUCACUGCAGUGGCAGUGUCCCGGGCACCCACCAGCGCUGCUGCCCUGCUGGGCGCAGCCUCUGACCCGCAGCAGACAGCAGCGAUUCCUCAGCCGCGGCACCAUUUGCGAUGGCGGCUGGAACCAGAGGAACAGACACAACCCAAUUCCCUUGAAGAGCAAAGGCCAUGACUCACCGCAGCGACCUCCUGGGUGUCCACCCCUUGUCACCGCAGCCGGGCCCCGGUCUGCACCCUGUGGCCUCGCUAGUUAGAACAAGCAGAUCUGCAGGUGUUGGCGGGCAGCAUCCUCCCAGCACUUUGUGGCACUCCUGGCACUGUGCUUUCAAUAGGAACUGCAUUUCAGGCUCGUGGGUUUCCAGGGGUGAUGACACCUCAGAGCUAGAACCUGGUAUUGUAAAAAUGAAACAAAUCCAAAAGAAACUCAGGGUCUGCCCGACUGCAGUUGCUGCCUCCUGGCGUGGGUUUGCUUCCACUGAUCGUGUGUCAGUAACAGACAUUAGAAAAUAAACCCUGGCAUUUAACUGUUGUUUUCAGGGCUGGCUUGUUCUGAGUCACCAAGAUCAUGGUCUGAAAUAAUUUCAAAGGUCUCCUGAGCAGAAGGAGACUUCUCUCACUGAGCAAUACACAUCGCUAAUUCAGGGAAGAACUGAAACACUGCUGAAAAUAAAAUAGUAUUUUCCUGAUGUCAAAACCUGAAACCUGUUAAUUUGUAAAGUUCAGCUGUGGUUUUGUACUGACCUGGUUCCCUCACACCCCAAUAAACUCGUGCUCACAGCA